AAGAAUUACCUUACAGUCAAGUCAAGAAUUCACACGUGACUCUCUCUCCGUACAUCACAGCAGACUGUUGUUUCCCUUGUAAACCAGUUUUUAAUUUUCUUUUUUUUCUUCUUCUUCUUGAAAUCAAUCUCAACAUUCAAACAAACAAUCAACAAAUGAAUCGAAUCCAAUCAUAUGAUGGUCUGUAAUUGGUGUAGUUGUUGCUGCUCCUGUUCCUGCUCCUCCUUCACUCUCCUCCUCCGGAAUGAAUUCCGCUUCUUCCUCCGUGACUAUGAUCGCCUCCAAUACAUCGCCGUCAUUCUCAUCUACAUUCAGAUAGGUUGUGCGUUGAUCGGAUCCCUGGCCGCAUCAUACAAUGGAGUUCUGUUAAUAAAUUUAGGGAUAGCGUUGUUCGCGCUUGUGGCAAUUGAGAGUAGCAGUCAGAGUCUUGGAAGGACUUACGCCGUGCUUUUAUUUUGCGCCAUUUUGCUUGAUAUUUUUUGGUUCAUUCUUUUUUCGCAUGAAGUUUGGAAUAUGUCGUCCAAGGAUUAUGGAGUUUAUUUUAUAUUUUCGGUCAAAUUAGCGCUGGCAAUGCAAAUUGUUGGGUUUACGGUGAGGUUAUCGUCGUCUUUCUUGUGGAUUCAGAUGUACAGAUUGGGAGUUUCGUAUGUGGAUCGUGGUGGUGGUGCCAGAGAGCCUGAUUUUGAUUUGAGGAAUAGUUUUUUGAGUCCUGUUACUCCAGCUGGUGUUGCUGCUGUGAAUAGACAGCAUUCUGUGAGUGAUGAUGUUUUGGGAGGAUCAAUUUAUGACCCUGCUUAUUAUUCUUCGCUCUUUGAAGAUUCUCAACAGAGCAAAAACCUAUUUGCGGGCAACAAUGAUGGUACUGGUGACCAAGAGUCUACGUCUAGUACUGAUGCCUCUCAAACUAAGGGAUCCAUGGGAAGAUCUUUUCAGACUAUAGAUGACCGCGAUUCAAGACAAACGAUUGGCACAGAACUUGAGUCACGGGGACUUUAUCACCUCUAUUUGCCUUCUUCUAUUGCCUAUACUGCCACUGAGUCUCCAACCAUGCUUCACAACUGUUUGGGACAUCUAAGUUUACCCAAGCUUCAGAAAAUGGUUCCUGGUCUAUCGAGUUUAUUGUGUUUUCAAUGUAAAUCCUAUCAACUUGGGAAGCAGUCUCGUUCUUCAUUCCCAAAGCGUGUCAAUAAUAGAGUUAAGUCUCAAUUUGAGUUAGUUCUUUCUGAUAUGUGGGAACCUAGCCGAGUCAAGUCUGUUUUAGGUUUUUGUUAUUUUGUGACUUUCAUUGAUGAUUUUUCAAGGUGCACUUGGUUAUAUUUAAUGAAAGACCGGUCUGAGUUAUUUUUUAUAUUUUAAUCAUUUUGUGUUGAAAUUAAAACUCAGUUUAAUACAUCUAUUCAUAGUUUGCAUAGUGAUAAUGCUCGUGAAUAUUUGUCUACUUCUUUUGCCAACUUUAUGUCUUCACAUGGUAUUAUCCACCAAACAUCAUGUGUCUACACUCCCUAACAAAACGAGGUUGUUAAGUGCAAGAAUAGACAUCUUCUUAAGACUGCCCGCACUAUGAUUCUACAUGCCCAUGUUCUUUUACACUUUGGGCAGAUGUAGUUCUCACAACUUGUUUCCUUAUCAAUCGAAUGUCUUCCUCAGUUUUACAAAAUUAGGUUCCUCACUUUAUCCUUUUUCCUAAUUUCAUGUUGUUUCCUCUUUCUCUACAAGUCUUCGGUUGCACCUAUUUCGUUCAUAAUCUAUCUCCUAGCCAUGAUAAAUUAUCUGCUCGGUCUAUUAAAUGUAUCUUCUUAGAUUACUCUUGGCUUCAGAAGGAUUACAAAUGUUGUUGUCCCUUUACACGUCAUUACCUUGUUUCUGCCGAUGUUACAUUUUUUUGAGUCGUCUCUUUACUUCUCUUCUCCAUUUGAACCGUCUUCUGUCACAGACAUCUUACCCAUACCUACUUUGAUCCCUUCUCUUGAGCCAAGACCAGAUAUCUCCUUCUCAAUUAGCGUUGUCAAUUAGUUCUUGCAAUCUCCGUGUGACUCUCAUUGGGAUGUAACUAUUCAAAUUCUAAAGUAUAUUAAGAGGGCACCAGGCAAAGGGUUGUUGUAUGAAGAUAGAGGUCGUACAAAUAUUGUCGGAUAUUCCAAUGCAGAUUGGGCAGGUUCUCCAUCUGAUAGGUGUUCAACUUUAGGAUACUAUAUCCUUAUUAAUGGCAAUUUAGUCUCAUGGAAAAGUAAAAAGCAAAAAACAAAAUGUUGUUACUAGAUCGAGUGUAAAAGCAGAAUAUCGUGUUGACAUUGACUAUCUUUGAGCUUAUUUGGUUAAAACAAUUUAUUCAAGAGUUAAAAUUUAUAGAGAUAUCUCAGAUGAAGCUUCUUUGUGACAAUCAGACAACGUUUCAUAUUUUUUCAAAUCCAGUUUUUCAUGAAAUGAUUAAACAUAUAGAAAUUGAUUGCCACUUCAUUUGGGAAAAGAUCUUGUCUAGAUGUAUCACUACCAAUCAUGUCAACUCCAACGAUCAACUUGUAGAUAUUCUCACUAAGUCUCUUCAGGGUACCCCGUAUUGAGUUCAUUUGUAACAAGCUUGGUGUAUAUGAUUUAUAUGCUCUAACUUGAGCGAAAGUGUUGAGUUGUACAUAUUAGGUUAGGAUUUCUCUAGAAUAGGAUUAGGUAAUUGUAUCAUGUAAAAAUAGGAAUGUAUUGAUAGUCCUUCUAAAUUAGGUUUUUAAUCCCCCUAUAUAAUGAUUGUAAUUCCUUAUGAAAUAUUGAAAAUUGCAUAAUUAUUCUUGUGUUUUACAAAACUGUAGAACAUUUAUUGUGAAUUAUUUUGGCCAGAAUUUUUAGCAGAAGGCCUACUUAUAUUAUAGUCAUAAACUCCCAUUCUAUUAAGGAAACGAAAGAUUUUCUUUUUGCAUCAAACUGUCCAUAAGGGACUUUUAAAUAGGUAUAUAUUAACAUGCAAUCCUCUAGCGGUAUUAAUACGCACACACACACACAUUGUGGAGAGAUCCUGUGCAUUGGGGCUGGAUUUGUGAACUUUAAGUACUUUUAUAUCUACUGCACUGAAAAGAUUGCAAAAAGAGAAGAGAGAGAAAUGAAGCACAGUAUUUUGUUAUAAAUUGUGAUCUUUCUUCACAUAGUAAUACAUUUUUUGCAUGAAAACAGCUGAGUGCUUCUAUAUAUUAGUUUUUGCAGCCACAAUGUGCACAUUUUCUCCCCCCUUUCAACAUGGUGUUGCCAUUGUUUUUUAAUUCUCCGCUUUGUAUUUUACCAGUGCUACAUGCUAAAAGUUGAGGAGAGUCAGCUGGGUGUAUAUACUAUUUUGUUUUUUAUAUAGCUUUCAUAAUUUAGCUCUUCCCUUGUUUCAGUUCUUAUUAAAUUCCUUCUCAUGUGCUUCAUCAUAUAGUUGU